AUGAUUGUCGCCGGUAUAAUACAUAUAGUACUUUUAUUAUCUUGCAAUGGUCAGUUAGAAGGCAUACCACAGUUACGAGAGUUUAUAAGACCAUUGACAAAUAAUCCUUUCGUACAAUCCAUUGCUGGUACGUCGUCUGACUUCUUGGCCGGUAGUGUGGAACUCGUUAGCCACAUUCCAAUAGCAAUCGCCAGGGCUUUGGGACCAUUAGACGCCUGGCCUGUUCUCGUUAGUCAUAGAAACAUAGUCGAUUUGACCGAUCGGUUUGUCAAAGAAUUCGAUUUAGGAUCGAACAACGAAGAUGCCGCGUUAAACAUCACAGAGCUCAUAUCGAAAUAUGGGUUUCCAGUAGAAACUCACGACGUGGUGACUGAAGACGGGUAUGUCCUCCAACUGUUUAGAAUACCUGGCAAUGGUUCAGUUCUAUUUCUCAUGCACGGCUUACUGGGAAGUGCUGAUGACUUCGUAGUGGCGGGCGUGGAAAGUGGUCUAGCCUAUGAGUUAUCCAGAGAAGGUUACGACGUCUGGCUGGGGAACGCUCGAGGAAAUAAACACUCGCGUCGUCACACACACUUGCGUCCUCAAGAUUCAAAGUUUUGGGACUUUACUUGGCAUGAAAUAGGGGUGUACGACUUGCCAGCCAUGAUCGACUACGCUCUUGAAGAGAGCGGUUCUUCAACAUUAAAAUAUAUAGGUCACUCGCAAGGCACCACGAGCUUCUUCGUUAUGGCAUCUGAAAGACCGGAGUAUAACGAGAAGAUUAGUUUGAUGGUUGCUCUGUCGCCAGUCGCGUUCAUGACCCACGUGAGAUCACCGGUCAUAAGACUGCUGGCUUCCGAGGGGCCCCUCCUGUACACCGCAUCGAACGGUAUUGGAAUAAACGAAUUUCUGCCUGAUAAUAAACUUGUUAGAACAUUGAAGAGUUUUCUAUGUAGUGUCGGUGUAAUGUCAGAAAUAUUGUGCAACAAUCUUCUAUUCUUGAUAGUCGGGUUCGACCUCGGGCAGGUGAACGUAACAAACCUCCCUGUAUUAUUCGGGCAUGUUCCAUCUGGUUCAUCAGCGAAGCAGUUAGCUCAUUAUGGACAGCUUAUAAUUUCUGAUGACUUCAGGAAAUACGAUUACGGUUCAUACGGAAACUUGAAACGGUAUGGAGAGACGUUCCCGCCGAAAUACAACCUCAAGGGGAUAAGUGUUCCCGUGUCGUUAUUCUACAGUGAUGCUGAUUGGUUAGCACACCCCGCAGACGUGAGAAGACUCUCCCACGAGCUCGGGAAUGUGGUAGACGUAUAUAAAAUUCCCUACAAAUAUUUCAAUCACUUAGACUUUCUAUUCUCGAAAGACUGCAAAGUACUAAUUUAUGAAAGACUACGAAAGGUUCUCCAGUCUUUUUAG